CGGCUUAUAGGACCACCUUCAGGCUUUCGCUGGAUAUCUGACUAGAGAAUAUGGCGAGCUCUGUGCUUACUGUGGCAUGUAUCCUGCUCCUCAUGUCCACUUUUGCCGAGUGCCAGAACCUCAGCUGCUAUGAUGUUGGAGAUACCAACACUGAGUUAGGGCGGUGCAACGUGCAGCUUGGCCGGGGGGAGUGCAAAGGAAGCUGUAACAGUUUGCUGAUGAAUGCGAAUUUGCUGGAGAGAACUAUCAGACGGCUGUUGAUACUUACUGCACUGGUUCCAGUGGAACCGGAGCGGUGGUAGGAGGUAGUGCUCUGAUCUCCAUCAUAUCAGCCACUGUACUCGCUACUGUGACUGCUGCCCUCUAUUGAACUGGAGGGAGAGACAACAUGUGGCAGUAGCAUUACUUUUGUGAUGUGCAAGUCAGCAUUUCUGAUUUGGACUAGAGAUACAAUGAAUCAUCGUCAAUUUAUAUGGACACAUAGUUAUUAAUGUCUUGCAACUCUUACAGUUUAUGUUUCUGUACCAGUAACAUUUGCCUAGAUCCUUAUUAAAACACACCACUGCAGUUUUAAUCAUAAACAGU